UUUUAAAAGUAUAACGGUUGCUUCAGUAGUGAGUGGAAAAAGCUAAAAACCGUGAACACGGAAAAAUAAAAUAUAAGCAAGUGCAAUUUCAUUGUGAAAAAUAAAAAUGUUUAACUGAAAGUGAUAUAUUUCGUUUUCAUUAAUUCGUAAAUAAAAUUUAGAUUGGAAAAAUGUGGCGCACAACCGUUUUUGCAAUUCUUUAUAUUGGUUUAGUUUUUUCGCCGGAUGUUAAAGGUUCCUGUUUGGAGUAUGGACAUUCAUGUUGGGGUGCUCAUGGUAAACGUUCUAGUGGCCAAGUAGUCGGUGGUAAUAAAGUUCAGCGCGAAUCUGGAUCGAGAAAUUUACGCAACAACCAAUUAAAUGUGUUGGGUGAAGAUAACGCAAAUCGAAUUGUGGCGAACAAGUUCGAUUUCGAUGAGGCGCUCACUUCAGCUGAAACUUCAUCACACAGAGUCUUUAGCGCAGAGGACUUUUCAGCCGAUUCGAAUGAUUCUACAAAAACACGUAAUUACAUGGGACAAAGGCGUCUGAAAUUCUCCACACACUUAGGCCAGAGUGAGAGCAAUCACUUACCGAUUGACAAUAACAAUCGGGCGAGCAAUACUGAUGAUUCGCGGGAAGAACACCAACAACAGCUACAAACGCGGCAACUACAACAGCAACGGAAGUAUCCUCGACAUAUUGAACGCUGGCGUAAGUUGCCCAUAUUUGGAUUUGGACACACUUUCGGCAACUCACAAUUGGCGUUGACAGAUGCAGCACCGCUGGAGUUACCAACACGAAAUGCCGAAAAUGAGUUAAUUCAACAGUUUGGGCAGCUAGCGGGGGGCGGAAGAGUAGAUGAUGCCGGCGUUUAUUAUGAUUUUCAAUAGAGUUGCAGAAAACUAUGAAAUGAAAAGUUAGGGUGGGAUAUGGCAUUGGCGGAGUAAAUGGUUGACGACUCCAGAUAAUUGGCAAAAAUACGAAUUAUAAGAGGACAACAAAGUUAAUUAAAAAAGGAUAUUCUUCGAAACAAGCGCAUAUAUUCAUAUGUAUAAGUACAUAAAUGCAUAUAUGUAUUUGUUUUGAUUGCACAUGAAACUGAAUAAAUAAUGUGAAAUACUAAAAUAUUAAAAUUACUUUCAAAGGCUCUGAAUGUAAACAUUUUAUUAUAAGAAAAAUAUAUUCGUGUACUUAAGUGUUGCUUUAGCUAAGAUUAAACGAAAUAUUGUUGAGAGUUUUUUC